AUGUCGGGCCGCGGGAAGCAGGGCGGGAAGGCGCGCGCCAAGGCCAAGUCGCGCUCGUCGCGGGCCGGGCUGCAGUUCCCCGUGGGCCGCGUGCACCGGCUGCUGCGCAAGGGCAACUACGCGGAGCGGGUGGGCGCCGGCGCCCCGGUGUACCUGGCGGCCGUGCUGGAGUACCUGACGGCCGAGAUCCUGGAGCUGGCGGGCAACGCGGCCCGCGACAACAAGAAGACGCGCAUCAUCCCCCGCCACCUGCAGCUGGCCAUCCGCAACGACGAGGAGCUCAACAAGCUGCUGGGCAAGGUGACGAUCGCGCAGGGCGGGGUGCUGCCCAACAUCCAGGCCGUGCUGCUGCCCAAGAAGACCGACAGCCACAAGGCGAAAGCCAAGUGAACGCGAUGGAAAAGCAGCACUCUGCCUCCUCCGGAGAAAAUAACCUUAAGGCUCUUUUCAGAGCCACCCACAAAAUCAUAAGAGAGCUCAGUUAUCCGUACUAUAGUUAUGCCGCUUUAUAUUAAUUACUCAACCCGUGUUUUCUUUUUGUUUAGUUUCUUUUUUCUUGUUUAUUAAUAAUAUUUUUGGGUUGGUCAUAGUAGCAACGCUUUCCAUGUUUCGCAUAACAAAGUCGUG